CCAAAGUUUAUUCUUGCAUGCUGGCCCUGGCCUCUGUCUUGUGGCUUCCUAGAGGUUAUAGCAUUUCUGAUCUGCCUCUCUGGUUUUCUUAGCAGAAUGACCCUGCUUGUUUUGCUUCUCUUUGGCAUUCAGUUGCUAUGCUCCUGGGCUGUCUCUCCUCCAUUGGUGGAACCGCCACCUCUGUUACUUUCCCCUGCGUGUAAUGACUCUGCAGUAGAGGCAGCUGCGGAUCUGGCUCUGCGCCAGAUCAAUGCCAACCAAAGAGAAGGCUACGUGCUUGGUCUCUAUCGAAUUUUCAGCGUACAAGAACAGCCCCAGAGAAUCGCUGGUUCUGUCUUCUAUCUCACCUUGGAUGUGGUAGAAACGGACUGCCAUGUACUCAGCAGAAGGUUGUGGAAGGAUUGUAAGAACAGACCUACCCAUGAAACUGUUUUUGGGCAGUGUAAAGCAACCCUCUACAUUAACAAGCCAAUGAGAAUUGUUCACCUGCAAAGCUAUGAGUGCACUUUACAGCCAGUUCCAUCAAGUUCAUUUUUAAGGAUUUGCCCUGACUGUCCACUCCCUGGCUGUCCAACGGAGCCCAAGUACCUGGAAACUGCUGUUGUAAGCCUGGCCAAAUUCAACAAGGAAAGUGAGCACGCUCAUUCUUUCUCUGUCCUCAACGUUACCAAAGCUUCAAUGCAGUGGGUCGUUGGUCCUUCACACUUUGUAGAAUUUACAAUUCAGGAGACAUCCUGCUCCAAAAGUGAAUCCGUUGCUGAGGUCUCCAAGUGCAAGCCCCUCUCACCUGAAUUGGCUCACACUGGUCUCUGCAAAGGCUCUGUAAUGGACAGUCAAAUUGAUAAACAUCAGUUUGUCAGAAUAUCCUGCGAAAUCUACGAUCCACAGGCUCCUGCCCUUGGAGAACAGGAGCAGCACCCUGGCCGUAGAUCUCAAAAACCCGAUCAAGAUGAUGAUGAAAGCCAUGGACAUCAUCACCACCAUGGAAGGAAGGAGAACCAGCACCCCCACAAACAUGAGCAUAAGCACAAGCACAGACAUGAGCAUCAGCAUCCUUCCCCUUCUGAAGCCAGUCAUUUCUCCCCACAUCUGGAAAAAACAGUGGGUUGGGUUAAAGUUCUCCCUCCUAAAGAGGAGCAUGUGUCUCUCCACUCCUUACCAGAAAAUCAGAAGGAACAUAUAGAUGGAGAGCCUGUUCCCCCGGAGAAGGCAAAGCCAGUGCCAACUCCAGACACACAUGAUGUCGCUGAUGUGAAAAAGCUUCAGACAGACAUGUCAGAAGGAAAGCCAGGCUUGACCAAGCCUGCUACUGGCCCAGUCAUUCUCCCUUUCCCUGAAGGUCCUUUGCAAUCAGAUGCGUGCCCAGGAGAGCCCAAGUUUGUUAAUUCCAUCCUCCUCCCUUUGCUUCCCAGAAACCCUGUCAAAAUAGCAGUAUCACCAGGACAAUCUGAGACUGAAUAAAGUUCAUGUUUCCCAUUGGUGUGUAAAAACUUUCAAUAAAUAAAAUGUUCUUUACA